AUGAAUUUCCUAACAAGUGUUCUGAGUGUUGUUCGCCGGAAAAGGUUUCUGAGUGGAAAGAAGAAUGAGAGAAAAGUCAGAAGAAAUCGUUUAUCCUCUACUAGCAGCUCAUCUACGUCAUCCGGAUCUUCGUUCAAUGGCAGAGUUCUCUGGAAAAACGAUGGGAAAUGCUUCUAUAGAGAUUUGAUUGUGUCUCCUUCCUCAAUGGACAACUCAUUUUGGUUUUUAAUAAAGUUUCAGAAGCGAGAACAUCAAAUCCAUAACUCUAAUAAUUUAAUAGACAUGUCUUUCGAGACUACUAACCCGAUUGCUCAUUUUUCGUUCACAACAGGAUUACUAUCAGUUAGAUUCCCAUCAUCACAACAUUUAAAUGAAUUUAACAUCUGGUCAAAGAGUCGGAUUCGGGCAAAAGGCUCUGGAAUAUACGCUCAAUGGGUACCUUCACCUCGUUUAGAAAAUUCCUCUUCUUCAAAGAAAAGAGAAGUUCGUAUAAUGACGAAGGAUUCUUGUAUGGUUGUCAUAGAUGAAAUUCGUCAAAGACCUAUAAUAUAUGGAACAAUCCAGCAGUUUAAGAACUUUGCUGUCCGAGGUCACGACAUCAGGAUGCUGUCACGUAUGGGACAAGAACUAUUUUUUGUCUGUGGCAGAGCAUCUGAAUUUCGAAGCUGGGCGGAAGCUGCUUGUGCUUCCUGUACUACCAAAAAGAAAGAGUCCAUCGUUCGUUUCAAUCUAAAUCGUAGACGCCGAAGUAACAAAUCAAAGAGAAUAUCAGGUGAACGUCGCCGCCCAUUUCAGUUAUCGCUGUAG